AUGUCCAUGCAGCAUCUUUCAACUCAUCUUAAGUUGCCAGCUCUAGGAGUUUGGUCACUUCCUCCAACCGAUCCUCGGACCGCGAUAUUACAACACACCGAAAGACAUUCGACUCUUGGUGUGCCGUUUAAACUAAACCAUGAUCUUUUGGACCUUACCCUCGAUGUCAGGUUCCCUAUAACAGUUGCCGCUGUAUACAUGGCGGCCAUUGCGUUUCUAAACGGGGUAAACCGCAGACGACACAAUAAACCAUGGAAAUUUAGCCAAACAUAUAUCUUCAGGAUGCUAGUCAUCCUGCACAACUCCUUCCUAGCAAUAUUCUCGGCAUGGGCGCUUAUUGGAAUAUGCCAGGCCGUAUGGCGCUCCUGGCCGGCUUCGGGAGAUCCAAACUAUGGAGCCCACAUGGCACGUGCAAUGUGCCAGACAGAUAUUUCGGUCGAACCGCCAGUUCCGCUAUAUCACAACACUCUCUGGGACCAAGGAAUGGGGUAUAUUGGAUGGGUGAUGUAUUUAUCAAAAUUCUAUGAGGUAGUUGAUACGUUGAUCAUCCUCGCUAAGGGAAAGGAGAGUUCGACUUUACAAACUUACCAUCAUGCCGGAGUUAUGAUUUGCGCAUGGUCGGGAAUCAGAUAUAAGUGCCCAGCUGCGUUGGUUGGUGUGUUUCUCAACUCUGGUGUACACACUCUGAUGUACACUUAUUUCGCUCUGGCGGCGGCUGCCAUACCAGUCGCUAUUCGUGUUAAGCGUGCUCUCACGUCUAUACAGAUCAUUCAGUUUAUCCUUGGACUUGGGCUCGCCUGCAGCUAUUUCUUUGCGGCGUACGAUAUAUUGCUACCAGAACAGAACGACAUCGAAAAAGGCACAACAGCAGGUCUCCCCUCUCAGAUGGAAAAUGGCCAAUUCCCAACCAUGACACCCACAGAACUAACUACGGAAGUUGGAUCACACGAAAUGGCUGCUUAUACUACAAUGCACUGCAUACCUGACAGCGGAAAAGCUUUUGCGAUCCUGCUCAGUUCUGCUUAUUUAUUACCCCUUACAUAUUUAUUCGGCUGCUUUUUCGUUCGAACAUAUUUGACACGGCACAAGAAAGCAAUAUAA